AUGUCCAACAGCAGCUCCAUCACCCAGUUCCUCCUCCUGGCAUUUGCAGACAGGCGGGAGCUACAACUGUUGCAUUUCUGGCUCUUCCUGGGCAUCUACCUGGCUGCCCUCCUGGGCAACGGCCUCAUCAUCACCGCCAUCGCCUGGGACCACCACCUCCACACCCCCAUGUACUUCUUCCUGCUCAACCUCUCCCUGCUCGACCUGGGCUGCAUCUCCACCACCCUCCCCAAAGCCAUGGCCAAUUCCCUCUGGGACACCAGAGCCAUCUCCUAUCAAGGAUGUGCUGCACAGCAGUUCUUUUUCUUUUUCUGUGCUACAGCAGAGUUUUAUAUUCUCACCAUCAUGUCCUAUGACCGCUAUGUUGCCAUCUGCAGACCCCUGCACUAUGGGACCCUCCUGGGCAGCAGAGCUUGUGUCCACAUGGCAGCAGCUGCCUGGGCCUCUGGGUUUCUCCAUUCUCUGCUGCACACAGCCAGUACAUUUUCGCUGCCCCUCUGCCAGGGCAAUGCCCUGGGACAGUUCUUCUGUGAAAUCCCCCAGGUCCUCAAGCUCUCCUGCUCACACUCCUACCUCAGGGAACUUGGGCUUGUUGUGCUUAGUGCCUUCUUUUUUUUUUGCUGUUUUGUUUUCAUGGUGGUAUCCUAUGUGCAGAUCUUCAGGGCCGUGCUGAGGAUCCCCUCUCAGCAGGGAAGGCACAAAGCCUUUUCCACCUGCCUCCCUCACUUGACUGUGGUCUCCCUGUUUGUCAGCACUAGCAUGUUUGCCUACCUGAAGCCCCCCUCCAUCUCCUCCCCCUCCCUUGAACUGGUGAUGGCACUUCUGUACUCAGUGGUGCCUCCAGUAGUGAACCCCCUCAUCUAUAGCAUGAGGAACCAGGACCUCAAGGAUGCCCUGAGGAAACUAUUUGAAUAG